GAAAGCUGUCUGCUUUGUUGUCGCUUGUUUUGUAUCCCGUGCGAGACGACUUAUUUUCAUAUGGUGUAUCAGAGCCGAGACGUUUUUGAACAAGUACUUUCAGUAACAGUUAUACAAACAGGUGUUACAGUAAUUAUGUGCUUGAUGUUUGUGUCAAAAGCGGUUAUAGAUAAAUCGUUUCUCGAUAUAAUCUUCCUAUAAUAUUCUACUCAUAGUUGGUCGUCGAGUCAAACAUAAGUGUGUGUUCAACGUCUUCAAAACUCAAUGGACAUGGCUGACUCUUCGAUAUCUGCCACGGGGCGCGGACUACCGACGUUCAUGCUGGAUCAAGAGCAACUGGUUGCCAAAGCGUUCGAUAAAUUGGGCCUUGGCAGUUUACCUAAAGAGUCUGUUCACAGAAAUCCCUUACAGGCUAUGGAAUGUUUGGCUCGAAUCUGUAUAGCCAUUAUUGGGGAGCACUGUCAGGACAUUAUUGCAAUUUCACAAGAGCGAAGCAAGUCGAUUGAAGAAGAAUUUGAAUCAGAUGCAGCUGAGAGGGAGAUUGCAAAUCUUGACACGAAGCUUGAGGCUCUAAGAAGUAAGUACAGACGCCUGCUGGCACAACGGGAAGUCCACAAUGCAACUGACUUAGCAUGUCAACGUGUUUCGGAUGUUCUAAAUCAAGCAGCACGAUCGUUAUUGAAGGCCGCCCCCCUUGUGGCUGUUGCGGGCUUCAUGGAGGAUCGUGUACGUGCAUUACAGCGAAUACCCAUGCCUCAAACAACAAGGCAGAAAUGCGGAGAACCACCCUCACUGUGUAGUACCGCGCAGGCGUUAGGGUGCAUUGACGACGUGGCUCGGUUUUCAAUUCAAGAAAGCACACGAAAUUACGUUUAUGACUACGCUGACGGUGAGAGAGCAAUAGAUUAUGUAUCAAAGGCCUUCACAGAUUUUGCGGCACGUUUAAAAGAAGUCGAUACACCCCAAGCAAAUGCGAAUCUAAGCACAACUUGUUUGAACGCUUUAGCGCAUGCGCAUUCAAUUAAAAAGCUGACUAAAAAGAUCACUGGCUUGGGCAACACUUGCGAGAACCUGACGCAGUCUGAGGUGGAAAACAUUUUGAAGCAAUGUCAGGAAAUUAUUAGGUCGAGGCUAAGCAAGCUGAAGGAAGCUAACGUUCAAGGGAUACCCGAAGUAGAUGAUAGUUACGAGUUGAUGACGCUCCGUGAUAGACAGUCCGCAGCUAUCACAGCCCUCGCCUCACAGAUCAACGACAAUGAAGCACUUGAAGAACAAAUGCAGUUGCUACGCGAUGAGCUGUAUGUAUCCCAGAAGCUGCGAUCAUUCGAUUCUCUGCUUAAUAUGAUGCGUUCACAAAAAUCGUUGCUUCAGUCGACGAAGAAUGAUCGUACACUGGUUCCUCGUUCUUUCCGGCCUACGGUAAAUCUGUUUGAUUCGGCCCUCAGAUCAAUAAGUGAACUUAAACUGCUUUCCGAAACUAUACGCGCAUACGAUUUGGAAGUACAACUUGAGUCGAACGAUAAUCGUGCUGUGCUUGAAUAUUUAGCGAGUCUGGAACGCUCGGUUGAUACGUCGAAACUAACAGUUUCACCCCUAGCAACAAAUACUGCUGAGAGUCUCCUUGAGGAACUUCAAAGUUUUAGCGUCCUCCGAUUGGCUAAAGGAACUUCUGAUCUAUAGGGAAAUCACGAGCGCAAUCAUCAACUGUAGCCAGUAGUUAAACAUUCGGCUGGUGUAUGGAUUAAUCAUACUUUCCCGAUUUAUUUGUAAAGUAUAACGUAAUAUGAUACAAACAACCUAUAAGCUCUAUAGAAAUACGGCCACAUUUACUUCUUCGUAGGUGUCCAAAUGUAGUUUUCAUUGCUUCGAGUGCGUUUGGCACAAACUAGAUAAGAUAGCGCAAUUUUUCCAAGAAACAACAUAUGUAAAAAAGUUUUGUUUUGUAGGAGCGACUUUGGCACGAACAGAAGCAUUUUGAGGCAUCAAAUGAUAUUGCCUAUGCUAUUAGACUGUAUCUUACAAAUAUAACCAUUCUAUUAUUCAAGAAACCUGUAGACGCCUAUUUUGUAUAUCUGAUUGAACUCCUCGAAUAAGUAUUGACAGAAAAUGGAUACUUUACUAUUUUCUCAUAUUUUGAUGGUUAUUAUCAGUAAUCAGCGCAUUACUAUUGGCGCGGUACAAAAUGUCGGCAUAUUCUCAUGUUAUUUAAAAAAAAACAUAAUAAUAUGAUUUAA